UCGAGGAAAUCCCGGAACUACAAAAACAAACUUGUCCUACUUGGGGUUUUCAGUCCUUUUAUGUCACUGUUUAGUCCACCUUUUGUCGGCAGUGAUAGCUAAUGGGAUGGCCACGGCGCCACAGUCCUCGCUUCAUAUGAGGUCGACUGAUCUCAUCAAAAAAGAGCCUCUGGACUACGGAGGGUUUGGAGAUGUUUACCUGUGCUACCAUGUAACCCUCGGCCAGGUGGUGUUGAAGACUAUGUAUACGGGCUCUCUUCGCAACGAGGAGAGCAAAAGGUCACUGCUGGCGGAGGGGAGCAUCAUGGCAAGUCUGAACCACGAGCGAGUGGUGAAGCUGCUGGGUGUUAUCAUGGAGGAUAGAGACUGCUCGCUAGUUAUGGAACUCAUCCCCAGAGGCAACCUGCUGGUCAUGCUCGAAACGGUGUCUGUGCCAGUGUCCAUCAAGGGCAGAAUCAUUCUAGAGAUUUUGGAAGGGAUGGUGUACCUCACAGAGAGACGGGUCAUACACAAAGACAUCAAGCCAGAUAACAUUUUAGUGGACAAGGAUUUUCACAUUAAGAUUGCCGACCUGGGCCUGGCUACUUGUCAGACAUGGAGCAAACUCACAAGGGAAGAGUCUCGCAGGAGGACUCGAAUAGGCCAAUCAGCUGGGACGAGAGGUGCCGGCACACUGAGCUACAUGGCUCCUGAGCACCUGGAGAGUAUACACACAGCCUCCACUGAGAAGUCUGAUGUCUACAGCUUUGCGAUAGUGGUUUGGGUCAUUCUCACUGGGAAAGAGCCAUAUGCAAAUGCCAGGAGUGAAGACCAUAUCAGCCAGUGUGUUCGUAACGGUGACCGUCCAGCAGUGGACCUAAUACCAGAAGACACGCCUGCAGAAAUAAUUCAGCUCAUGAAGAGUUGCUGGAGCCACGAUCCACAGGAACGACCAACAUUUAAGGAGGGCUACAACAUGCUCCUUCCUUUCUACAAGGAAAAGCUUAAACCACAAGUGGAGGAAGAUUUAAUUCAUCUGAGGAAAUUAUAUGAAGGCCCAGAUGAACUUGUUGAGAAGAUGAAAUCUUUAUCAGUGACCAAUGAAUGUUAUUCAGCAGAUGGCCCAGCUCCUUUGGUGAGCUCAGACAGAAGUGUAUCUGUGCCAGUUGAAGCCAGUAUUGAGGAUAUGCAUCACAUCCCAUAUGAGCUAUCGGUGGAGUCUCUUCAGACAGAUGCAAAGGCGGUUGACAGCAAUUCAGCUUUGGAUGAGAAACUGCAGCGGGAGCUUCAGUACCACAAAUAUGGCAGCUAUAUCUGUGAGAACCAGCUUGACCCUGCUAACUACUACCACCACAACAGCUCAAAUCAUUUCCUGGCAAACCCCAUUAGUGCAGAUCAAACUGCAAGACAACCUGAAGAAGACAGACCCUCUGUAUCCUCCGUCCAAUCCUGGACUAAAGCUGAGCCGGUACAGCCCACCAGCCAGGAAGAGCCAUGGCAUCGCCCUACUGCUGGUCUCUAUGAGUCCAUGAACUCUACCAUACCUACUCCAUCGCACUUGCCAAUGUCUUCCAGCACGCCUUCACUACCACAGCUAAACCAGCAACAUCCACAUUCUCACUACGACCGCCAGCAGUCUUGGCCAGUUUACCCAGUGUCUGAUACAUCUGCUUCUGACAUUGCUCCUGGACAUCUCUUGAGCUCUUCCAAGAGCUGCUUGCCACCAGAUCCAGGGUCUGUUUUCAUUCAGAAUGCUAGGGGGAUCCAGAUUGGAAGCAACAACAUGAUGACUAUCAGAGGUUAUGACCCUUCCCAUAGUUUAUCACCUGCUAACAGCUUGGCUAACUCUCUCAAAGACGGCAUUCAGAAAUAUGAGGACCAUGCUGUGACUGAGGAGCACCUUGAUCUGCUGAGGGACAACAUUGGGUCCAAAUGGAAGCGCUGUGCACGGCUCCUGGGUCUGACCACUGUGGAGAUAGAGACCAUCGAGCACGACUGCUACCGUGACGGCCUGCCAGAGAUGGUGCACCAAAUGCUGGAGCGCUGGAAAAUGAAAGAGGGAAGUAUUGGCUGCACAGUUGGGAAGCUUUGUGGAGCUCUGCUUGGAAACAUAAAGGUAGAUGUCAUCCAGAAAAUACUGGACACCUGCAGCUCUUCUUCUUCCUCAAUCUCAUAAACUUUUUUUCACCGUACAGAUGUGCCUAAUUCCUCUUAAAUGACUUUAUAACUCUGGUUGCCAAUUCAACCAAAACUGUAAAAAAAAAAAAAAAAAACAGUAUUUGAUUUUGGUUUGGGUUGUACCAAAGUUUUUCAUCCUCUUCGUUCAUAAUAUAGUUGAGGUGAACUCAAAUGUGGGUUUUUUUUGGUUUUUUUUUUGAGAAAAAUAUCUUGGUCUCUUACUCAUGAUAACCACAGAGCUCACUGUCAAUAGCUUCCAUGAGGAAAUUGUCUUUGGUAGAUAAUUGAACACUGUCUUGCAGUAACUCCCUUUGAUAAAAUGAUCACUUGGACUCGACUGUUGUGAUAGUUUAAAAGCUCAAAUUUUCUUUUCAAAUUACUUGAUGACUUUCUAUCAAGCUUAUCUUUAUGAGCAGAGAAGACUGACAGGGGCCAGGGUUCAGGUUCUUCUAAUCAUGCGAUUUCAAAAUCAUUGUUAAUUUUGUAAUUUGCAAGUAAAAAUACCCUACAUAAUUGUUUUUUCUUAUUCAAAUGCCUUUUACAUCGCAACAUUAUAUGUAGGAAAUAAAAGCAAGAAAUUUUACAAAAGUUAUAUUUUUACUAUAAACAUUGUCAAGAAUUUGUCUGUCAGAAUUUUUACUCUCUGUUACGGUUUUAUGAAAUACAGUUACUGUAGCUUUUACAGAAUAACGAAACCAUAUUCACAGAGAAUUGAAUGCUAUGUGGUAAACAUUUAUUCCAGACAUCACAACACAGGCGAUGUAAGUAUGAAGAAGCAAAUUGUACAAAAGGAUAAAAAACUUUGCAGUGCAGUAUUCCAUUAAUAAGUGUUUGUUAUUGUUGUAAUCCAAAAAGUCAAACUCUGAGAUGUGAUGAUGGUGCAUAUUGGAGCUGUGUCGUGCAAUGAAUGUAAUUUCCCCAAAUGACAGUAAAAUGAAAGUAUGCAUGAAUUAACUAGUUAGCUGCUUGUUUGAGUUGUCAGUGUGUGGACUUCUGAUGUAAUGUACAUCACAUCACAGUGAAUGAGUGGCUGCACUGUACGUAUCAAGUAUUUUGGAUGACAAUAUACUUUUAUCUUGGA